GUGUAUGUGUUAAAUGUUGAAUGGCCAACUUGUGGCACUUUGAAUAAUUCAACCGUAUUUGUUUUCUUUAUUAACUUUCGACACCUUAUUAAAUAAAUUAAUUAUUAAUACAAUAUAUAAACUAGUCAAAGUUUGUUUAAAAAAUAAAAUAGUUUGCACGACGAUCAGAUCCUUGUUGUCUGUCUGCCUAAGCUUAAACUAUUGCAUGAAAAAUCUGGAAUUGGUUAAAAAUGUCUAAACAGACAUACAAAGUGGGAUUCUUUUUCCGCCGGCAGUUCACCAUGGCAGCUGCGGAAGCUCCGGCGGACAUUAAGAACAUAUUCAAUCGUUACUCGGACGAAUGUGGAGUGAUGAGCGUGGAGAAGCUUCAUCAUUUUUUGAUUGAGGUUCAGAAGGAAAAAAAUGCAAGCUUAGAGGACGCUCAAAUCAUUAUCAAUAACCAUGGAGAUCCCAAGCACACAGGCCUCCACCUUGAUGCCUUCUUCAAGUCUCUCUUUUCUGAUAUUAAUCCUCCUAUCGAUCCUAAACUUGGGAUUCACCAUGAUAUGACUGCACCUUUAUCUCAUUACUACAUAUACACUGGCCAUAAUUCAUAUCUAACUGGGAAUCAACUGAGUAGCGAUUGCAGUGUUGUCCCCAUAAUACAAGCUCUUCAGAGAGGUGUCAGAGUAAUUGAAUUGGAUAUUUGGCCAAAUUCAGACAAAGAUGAUAUAGAUGUUCUACAUGGAAGGACACUGACUGCUCCAGUGGCACUAGUCAAAUGUUUGAGGUCUAUCAAGGAGCAUGCCUUUUCUGCUUCGGAGUAUCCUGUUGUAAUAACACUUGAAGAUCAUCUAACACCAGAUCUUCAGGAAAAAGUGGCUGAGAUGAUCACUCAAACAUUUGGAGACAUGUUAUUUGCACCUUCAGAAUGUCUGAAGGAGCUUCCUUCUCCGGAGUCACUUAAAAAGCGUGUUCUGAUAUCAACUAAGCCACCAAAAGAAUACUUACUGUCCAAGGAAGUUAAGGAAAAAGAUGACUUAAAGAAAGAUGCCGAGCAUAACGUUGAUGAAGGAGAAGAUGAUGAAGAUGACGAAGGAGAUUCAAAGUCAGAGAAGAGUGCAACUUCAGAAUACAAGCGCCUAAUUGCCAUUCAUGCUGGAAAGGGGAAAGGAGGACUAUCUGAUUGGCUGAGGGUUGACCCCAAUAAAGUAAGACGGCUUAGUCUUAGUGAACAAGAACUUGAAAGAGCUGUAGAUACUCGUGGAAAAGAAAUUAUCAGGUUCACGCAGCAGAACUUGCUGAGAAUAUACCCAAAGGGCAUACGAGUUGACUCAUCCAAUUAUGAUCCUUUGGUUGGGUGGAUGCACGGAGCUCAAAUGGUAGCAUUUAAUAUGCAGGGUUAUGGAAGAUCACUUUGGUUGAUGCAUGGUAUGUUCAGGGCUAAUGGUGGUUGUGGAUAUGUUAAGAAACCUGAUCUACUAUUGAGAGCUGGUUCCAACAAUGAGGUCUUCAAUCCUACAACAAAUUUUCCAGUCAAAACUACGCUAAAGGUGACUCUAUAUAUGGGCGAUGGGUGGGACAAAGACUUCGAUCAGACACACUUCGAUACGUACUCACCGCCAGAUUUCUAUGCAAAGGUAGGAGUUGCUGGAGUUCCUGCUGAUGAAGUAAAGAAUAAAACAAAGACGAUGGACGACAAUUGGAUACCAAGCUGGGAUGAGCAGUUUGAGUUUCCACUAACAGUUCCUGAGUUGGCUCUACUUCGCAUCAAAGUUCUUGAUUAUAAUUUGUCUGACAAGGAUGAGUUUGCAGGACAAACAUGUCUACAUGUGGCAGAGCUGCGACAAGGUAUUCGAGCAGUCCCACUCUAUGAUCGGAAGGGAGAGAAGUAUAGUUCUGUGAAGCUUCUCAUGCGUUUCGAGUUUAUAUAACUUAUACCAUUCUAGUCCUUGAAAUGGGAGCUUCGCCUGCUUUGCAAGUUUCUUCUCUGUGAAGUUUAGCAAGUUCAGUAAUACUAUGUACACCCACAUACAAAGUAGUAAAAUAUUUAUGCACUAAAAGAAUUCAGAUAAGAGCUCAGAUAAAGUGACAAAUCAGGUUAACCAAAAAAAAAAAGUGAUGAGAAAGUGAAAAAUAUGAAGAUUAUAGAUAGAAUUAGGUUAGGGAAUUUUGGAAAUAAAUUCCCAAAUCUCAAUAAGAACCCUAGUUGUAGUUGAUAGAGUAGCAUUUUAAUAUUUACAAUAUUAUUAUUAUUAUUAUUUUUACCAAAAGUGUAGUGGUUGUUACAUGUCAUUUAAUGACAUUAAGCACCUCAAGUGCUUUAAGUUAUAUUUAGGCACUUAGUUCAUUUGCCUUUAUAGGCAGAACGUGCCUAGUAAUCUCUUUUAAACUAACGGCAUUAUAUGCCUUAACUUUAAUUGAAUUAAAUAGCAAGGGACGUGCCCGGCUUCUUUCUCA